CGAUCUCACACAUCAGUGGCAAAAAGUUUCAGUCUUUCAUUUUCUCAGAGGUAUAUCUACUGGCCAACCGAGAAUAGCUCUAAAAUUCUAUUUCAGAAAAUUAUAUUUGCUUUCUUUUCUUGGGUGGCUAGUUGUUUUACAAAUUUUUAGUGUAGCGAUAUUUUGUUCUUUGAGGCAAAAUUAUGAGUAUUUCCCCCUGUAUGCUCUAUAUGCAGUCGUAGAAACCAGUCUUAUUUGAUAGAAGCUUAGCUUAUGGGAAAAUCCGUGGAAGUAACUGAGGUAUUUGACGUUUUCAUUUUCUAAGUUGACCGCGUGACUGUGGGGAGUCCCCCAGUGUCAAUUUGCAUUUUAAACUUCCUCAGAUUCUCGUAUAUAUAUCGAAUUUCUUAUGCGAUUCGCUAGAAACGGCAAGAGAAGCCAAAGAUCGUCAGAGCAAGUUUGGAAAGAUAACAUUUAAUAGGCAAAAAUAUGGCUCAGGUAGGAUAAAAUUGUUGUCAAGUUAAUCGAACAUCUUUCUAACAGCGGUCUUUCAAUGAGUGAAGUUUCUUCCCACGCUGAUUGUGUCCAGUAAUAAAGUGUUUUGUUUAAAUCCAAAAGCUUAACAAACAUUCCUUUUCUUUAAUUUUUCUCUGGACAGAUAACUGAGAUCCUUUCCUGUAAUCGUAUGAUCAAAAAGGCACACAAGCUUGACCACGGAGGAAACCUCAUGAUGGCAGCUUUGCCUCACGGAGACCUUCAAAUCUCAAUAACGUUUACUGGAAGCCAUAGGAACGAACGAACAGGUAAGGCUCUCAAGAAGCUCUAGUUCAUGUACAAAAAGGCUAAUUCGGGGUGAGCAGUCAUUACAACACUUGUAGAUCGAGCGGCGUGCAAAAAUGUCAAACAUGCACUGACACGGCGUAAAGUACACGUGGAACUUAAUACAUUUCAUAUUGGCUCUGAAAUCUCAUAUCAUGAGCGUAAUCUACGCAAAAACCUACAAUGUGAAUGUAUUAUUUAUGCAUUUUAAACUCAUGUGAGAAUUAAACGCGAGUUCACCAGUCACUGAUACAUGAGGUUCAAAUUGAGCAUUCAAAAGAGCCAUCUUGGCCAUGCACUUAACUACAAUUGAUAUUAAUAACCAUUGCAAAGGUAAUAAACGUUUUCCUAACACAAGCUGAAUUACCCAAGCAUUUUGAUUGGUUCUUACUUAUGAUCUAAUGGAGGAUAGAUGCAUAAAUGACAUAUCUCACAGGUGACAAUUUUAAGUUUUUUUUUUUUUUAUCAUAUAAAACAAGUAGCUUCAAUGUACUGACCACACAAAAAGUAACAUGGAAUUUAUUUUUUAAGGCGAUCAAUUGACCUGUAUAAAGGUUGUGAAUAUUUCUUUGAAUAUUUGUGCUGGAUAUAAUAAUACAAAGAAACUCUGUGUACCCUUGUUUGUUAUUUUCUAGGCAUCACUUUAAAAUCUUACUUAGUAUAGAACCCUAUCAUUCAAACAAAAUAACAGUUUUCAGUACAGAAAUCUAUUUUAAGAAAUAACCAAGUUGUAAAGAGCCAAUUACUUGCAUAUACAAUUUGACUUUCUAUGUCUAGUAAAUUUAUUUUUUGUGUUUCUGUCUCUAGAUUUUGAAGUUGACCAAUCCCUUCAAUAUAUGGCAAAUACCUUUAGUAUUGAGUUAGAUGGCAACCUCUACUACUUGUGUGCAGAAGGGGACAAGGUGUUUCUACAGGUAAGCUAAGGCAUGCUGUACAUGUAAUUGGUAUAGAACUAUUGCCAGUGUUAUCUCUUUGCUGUAACUAGGUGGGAUGAAGUUCACAAGUGGAAUGAACUUCCCUAUACUCAAAAGAGUGGGAUGUUCUUGUUUAAAACUUUUUCUUUUAUUAGAAAAAUGGAGACCUUUAAACCCUUUUGCUUCAAGAAAUGAUUAACAUGCAACUUCUUUCUAUGAUAUACAUACAUUAUUUUGCAAACAGGUAUUGAGAAUACUCAAACUCAUCAGGUGGAGGUUGUUAUCAUGAUCUAACAACAAACUCUUGUAAUCAAUAUACAAGGAAAAGUGUAGCAGUCAGAGGGGAGAAUUAACAAUCAGAUCUUGGGAGUGAAAGGUUUAAGGCAUAGCUGUUAAGCCUUUUGCAUCCACUUAUAUACUUUCAUCCUGAGUAUACUGAAUUAAAUCUGGAAAAUUAUUCAUGGUAGAUUUGAACCAGUGUUCAGAUUAGUUUUUUAAAUUUAAAUUUAAUCUAUUCUGUUCUUCAUUUUUUGCUUCUAGAAACUGGUUGCCAAACAACCCAAUGACAAAAAAUACAUGUUUGAAGUUAAAUAUGUAAAUGACAGCAGCAAUUAUAUGUCUAUUAAAUCAAUAAAAACUGGGAAGUACCUUGCUAGUGAUGAGGAUGGCAAAGCAUUUAUGGAGGAAGUCAACCCCUCCUCAUUGGUUGAUGGUCAGCCAAUAGACAGACAAGCAUGGUUUUAUCUGCAUUGCAUGGAAACAGUGAAAAGGGAAAGAGAAAGUACCUUACACAGUUGUUACUGUGAUGGUGCAAGUCUUGACUAUUCAGUCCUGUAUCAAACUCAAGUUGAAGCUUGUUAGGUGUUAAUAAAUUGCAAUUUUAAAAUAUGUGUAGAGGAAUAAGUUAGGAGAAUUUUAAAAUUUUUUUCAAUCUUGGAACUAUUUUGCACUAGGAGUUCAAAGAUUUAUUAUUUUGUUUUUUAAACAGAGUAUAUUUAUUUGUUUUUGGGAUUAUACUUUUGAUAAGCAUUUAACAUUUUGAGAUGUAAUGAAGAAGAAAUAAGCUCAAUUGUUUUUUAAAAUUUAGACUAUUUUUCAUAAAAUAAUGCAGUAUAUUUUUUAA